UGUGUUGUGAGAAAAAGAGGAAGGCUUCAGUUUCGAGGAUGGGACUGUGAACACUGCUGGUUAUUUCAUGUUCGCAGAGAGUGUGUGAGUCAGGCUUUGGCCUUGAUGCGACCGAAUCUUCAGUGAGGGUGCUCAGGUGUUGCUGAACAGUCAGCCCAAGUGUUCAUUCAGCAGAAGUGCUCCGAAGGAAGGCCUCCAAUCCAGAUGCUUGGUUGAGCAGCCCAGCCCCUCUGAACAUGAACCACUAUUCCAAUAAGAAGAGUGCAGCUGAGAGCAUGCUGGAUGUGGCUCUACUGAUGGCCAACGCUUCUCAGCUAAAGGCUGUGCUGGAGCAGGGGCCAAACCUCUCCUUUUACACCCCCCUCAUCACCCUGAUCAGCAUCUCCCUCUGUCUGCAGGUCACAGUCGGGGUCCUACUUAUCUUCAUAGUUCGAUGGAACCUAAAUGAUGAGCAAAAGCAUCAGAGGCUGAACAUUAUGGAAAGCUUAGCCACAGGCCUGGUUUUUUUGAUAGUGGUAGUCAACAUCUUCAUCACAGCCUUUGGAGUCCACAGGCCGAACCGCGGCGACUAACCAAGAACACACACAGGAAAGGAAGAGGAGGAAAAGUGUCGCAAAUCUCCUGAGAUCAAACACCCUAAUCUCUCCAACAGAGUUGUACUGUAUAUACUAUCUUGGAUGUAUAUUUUUCUACACAUUCAUUAUUACAAUUAUGAAUCAGUAUCAUAUUAUAUGAUAAAUGGAGAAACACUUGAAAUGACUAUGGCAUGCAUCCACCCUGAAUACAAGUCUGUCUUGAGCAGUCAACAGCGUUUAAUGUAGCAUUUAAUUAACUUAAUUCAUUCACUUGAUGGACUCAGUUUGAUUGUCAUUCAUUAAUGCAGGACAUGCUGUCUGUUGCCCUCAGUUGUCAUUGUUAUAGCACACCACAACAUUUUCCAUCAUCCUUGUUUCCCACUUUGGUGCACUGGAUGAGGGAGCAGUGCCCUCUAGUGUAUUUUUUGAUGCUGUUCAGAUAAACGAUUUACCAUCUCUAUGUAAAGUUCACUGCAGACAAAACAGUGCCAGACACAAACCUUGAAAAUCUAAUCAUGGUCCUGCUCAUUACUGUGAAUGUUACUAUUAGACUGCAAUACCACACAGUAUUUGAUGCUAAUUAACUGUAUGCAUUUCUAUGUAUAUCUUUGUCUUACUAGAUUGAAAAUAAGAUACAACUCCAGGUGA